CGACCACCAGAAAUUGGACAAUUCAGAGCAAAUACAGGGGGCUUGCUUGACAUGAGAGAGUAUAUUGAAGGCGGACAUGAUUUGUACAUUAAAAUGGAUGCUUCUGAACUUGGAUCUGAAAUCAAGGCCAAAAGAAGGACAGCAUCAUUAUUGUCUCCGUGAUUUCUGGGUCCUGUUGCUGGGUGUAAUAAGCUGUUAUUUGAGGACAAUAUACAAGUGGAGAAAAGGUAAUGUUUAAAGAUUCAUGGAUAUUAGUCGAGAUAGUGAGCGAGAAGAGGAACAGAGGAUUUUAUGAUCCCAACCAUGAGCUCAACCUUUUAGGACAUGCGUGGAAUUUAUGGAAUGAAGACAAGGCCUUGCAGCUUGUGGAUGCUCUGAUGGAGAAAUCAAUUGUCAAAUCCGAGGUUUUGAGAUGCAUCCAGAUAGGCCUCCUGUGCGUGCAAGAGCAUCCCGAAGACAGGCCUUCAAUAUCCUUGGUUCUGUUGAUGCUGGAUAGUGAACAACUUCCAUUGCCGCAACCUAAACAACCUGGAUUCUACACAAGUAGGUUUCUCAACGAAAAUACCUCUUCAUCAAUUAGCUGGAACAUGGACACAGGAAAUGAACUAACUAUUUCAAUGCUACAGGCUAGAUAGAAGUUUUAGUAUAUCCCUGUAUACCUUUUUUGCAUUCUUUUCCCAGCCAUUGUGUAGCUUCAUGGGUUCAACUCUGUCUGGUAAAAUCAGUUAAAUAAAAAAUGUUAGAAAUA